AUGAAACUGAAGGAGUUUAAAAAUGUAGCCAAAAAGGACACAAUUUGGAAUGAAAUGGACAAAAUGUUGAACAAACCGGAUGGACAAUGCAAAUCUCGUUGGAAGAGUGUUCGGGAUCAUUAUAAAAGGCAAAGGAAGCUAGAAAAAAAUACGCCUACUGGGUCCGCAGGUACGAAGAAACGGGCUGUGUACUGGGACAGAUUGAGGUUCUUGGAGAAUGUGGAAGAUGAGCGAGAAAGUUUUUCAAAUUUCGAAUUAGACGAAGUUGACACAACUGAUGAAGAUCAGGGCGAGCUGAAUAAAAGCGGUCAAUGUACAGCUAGCGAUGAACAAGAACAAGAUACAACUGGAACUAAUGAUACUGCCGAGGAACAACUCAAUGAUAAUAAAUUGAAAAGGAAAAGAGAAAUGUCCAGGUCUCGAAAGUCAGAUAAAGAUAAGUCUGAAGUUUCAAGAUUAGUAAGUCCUUCGACAAAGCGAAAUAAAACAAAUGAAGCACUGUUACAGUCACUAAAAAAUAAGGAGCAAGAGAGGCAACUUCUCGGGAAAUAUGUUGACCAAAUAAUGGGGUCCAGUGAAGAAAACGAAAUUGACCUUUUUUUCAAAAGCCUUGCUGCUACUGUCAAAAAAUUUCAGCCUGAAGAUGUAAUCGAGGCUAAAAUGAAAAUUUUUAACGUGAUAACCGAAAUUGAAAUCAGAAAUCAGAGAGCAAGAAGGAGCAGAGUGUCUACCUUUAAUGAAAGCUGCAACCGACCAAACUCAGCAUUAUCUUCUCAAACAUAUGUGGAACAUUCAUCUAUCUCCAAUAUGUCCAUGGAUCCACUCUCACCGAACAUUAACUCUGAAAAUGCACUGUAUGCAAAUCCAUCGUCACCCUUCCAAAUACACAAUGCUCAGCCGCCAUCCAUGAUGUCACCCCAAUUCAAUACGGAUUCAUCUGAGGCACUGUUUGUAAAUCCAGCGUUACCUCUCCAAGUCCAAAACGCGCUUCCAUCUUCCAAGAACGAAACCUAUUCCUUGUCAUCGUUUUGUAUCAGAUUGCAGUUGCCCAGCUUUCCAAAAAAAUGA